AUGAGUAAAGCCAUAGAUCUUAAUGUUUUGCGUCAAAGAGCUUUAGAAUCUGCAAGAAAACAUUCCGAAGAGGAGUCAGAUAAAGAAGAUGGAGAAAUAAGUGAAGACACAACCGAGUCUCACAACGAUGCUCCAAUUCCUCCUGUAACUUAUCCAAAUCCUUUCCCAUCACAGCCUCCUGUAGACGGGUUUACACCUGCAAAUACGUUUCCAUUUCCAUUUGCACCUCCUUUUAUGCUUCCUCCGGCAUUUUUCCUUGGGUCCCAACCUGCUCCGCUCGCACCCUCGAAUGAAGUCCAAGAAAAAGGCAAUCCUCGCUGGUCAUCCAAGCCAAACAAUGAGACAUCCAUUACGGGUGGUCGCAAAUCUAGUCUUGUUAGAAACAAGACUCCUAGCACAGAAAAGUCAUUAGAGCCUCGUUCAAAUGCAAGUCGAAAAGAUUUGAGCAAUGUAUUGUCUGAAAGAGAUGAUGAAAAUAAAGUGACGAGUAUUGAAGUUGAAAGGGGUAUGUCCGAAGUUUCACCACCAACUUCAAAACAAAGUGAGGCGGAAAACGCUAUUAAUCAAUUGGUUGGUUUUGGCGUUAAGUAUAAUGAUUUUAUUGCUGAAGGUAUUCAUCCUUCUGUCGUGCGAAGUCUUUUUUCAAAGCUAGGCAUUGAGCUUCCCUCUAUCACCGUGCCUUCCUCUGCAGCUCCUUCUGAAAAAGCGAGUAGGGUUUCCAGUACCAGACAACCUCGAAAAUUAGACUUGUCUUCAGAUGAUUCGGCGAUUCUUCCUGGUGAUAGCGGGACUCCGACGAUUCUUCCUCAAAGAAAGCGUUUAAAAUCAUUACCUCGUCCUGUCGUAGACGAUUGGUUAAACUCAUCGAAACCGUUUGGAAUUUCGAGUCCGUAUAUUGUAAUUGAGCUUGAUUCUGAAGAUGAAAUGGCUUAUGAAAAUGAUAGCUCCUCAACGUCUGAAGUAUCGAUAUCGACAGAUCAGACAACAACUUCGCGACUUGAUUCUCUGACUUUAUUGCGUAAGAAGGAAAAUGAAAUUCGAAAAAUGACAGAGAUGAUUAUGAAAUUAGAAUCUUCGAAAAAAGCGACAAAACCUUCGAAUCCUAAGAAAUCGUCACCUUCUGUUUCUAAAAAAGAAACUGAUCAGGAAGGUUUGCCUUCCAAAUUGAAAGUGGAUCCUUCGGAAAAUAGCCAGAAAAAACACGUGACGGCUGAACCAGUGUCAAAAUUUGCAGAGGAAAUCGUGGAAGAUGUUGCUGUCCCGGCAGCUAACGACGCUACAACAGAGAAUGUUCCUUGGCUUAGAAACGUCGACAAUAGUGAGUUCCCAACAAAAUUACAGUCACAAUCUGAAGAAAAUCAGUCGCUAGUUACUCAAAAGGAUGAGCUGGCUAAGAUCAAUAAGCUUAUCGAUGAUGAAGAAAAGGAGCUAAGUACAUAUCAAGGAAUUGUGAAUUCUAAAAAAGAAACUUUAACGAAGCUAUUUUUCAAUAAAAAGGAACUCCUUUCAAAGGUUGGAGUUGAACUUUCCACGUUGCUACGUUCUGAGUCUAGUAAAGACGAUAGCGUUUUGAGCAAUGAUAAGCUGCAAAACGACACUAACGUUAGUGAGAAUGAAUUGAACGAAAAUGGUACUAGAGUAGAGCUUAAAGAAAAAUCCCCCAUAAUCGAAGCUGCUCCAGUACCACCAGUUAGUUACAUAUCUCCUUUGUAUAGAUUCAAGGCUUUCCGAUUUAACAGUCAAUUUUUGGAAAAAGUACCCGGUGGAUUUCGGUCUAUAAAGUAUAGUAAUAAAGCGGACCCAACGAGGAUAAUGUGCAAAUACGAAACUACAGGAGGAGUUUGCAACGACGAGCUGUGCGAGGCAUUCCAUUUUAGGGAUUUAAUUAUGACGGAUAAUGAGAUUAUAGACGAACUGGCAGAACAUAACGCGGGAACAACCAAUGAAGAGAAGGAAUCCUUUAGCAAAGCUAUUCAGGAAAUUAUCGCUAAAGAGAAAGAGAAAGAUUCCGAUUUUAACACAAUAUGCCAAGCGAUCGUUGAUACGCAUAGUAGAUGGAAAGCAGAACGUUUAACGAUUCCCAUUGCCAAAGUUUCGAUUUGA